AUGGUCCCUCCGCCGACCAACACGGGCUCGCCGUGCGCCCACUGCCGCCACACCGAAUUUCUCCCCCUCACCUGCCCAAAGUGCCUCGCCCACUUCUGCUCGACCCACGCCCCGCCGUCCAACCACGCCUGCUCCGCCUCCCUCUCUCCUCCUCCACCGCCGUCCGGCCAGGUCGACUCGCCGAGCUUGACAUCGCUCCUCCCCGACCGAGACCGUCACGCACGCCUCGCCGCCCCAGAACCGCCGUCACCGCACGCCGCAGCCCUCCGGUCCCGACAGCAAGCCGCGCUCGCCAAGUUCAAGACCAAAGCCGCCGCUUCUCGCUCUUCCUCCACCACCUCCUCACCAGCACGAGGCCCCACCACCACAGCAGCGCCACCGCCCAAGCCCAUCAACCCAGCCCUCGCCCUCUCGCGCCUCAAGCACCGCGCCGCGCCGCUCGACCCGCGCCAUGCGACCAGGCAGGGGGACGUGCCCCUGGGCGAGCGCCGCUUCUUCUCUGUGCGGGUCGGAGGGAGCGAGGCGGACGAGGGGCGCGAGGUGUGGGCCGCAAAGUCCAUCUCUGGCGGCAAAGCGCUCGACCUCGCCGCCGACUUGCUCCACGUCUCGAACCGCAACCACCUCACGACCGACCCGGCGCAGCGCCUCUCGCUCGCCCUCUCCCACCCGCCCGACGACGCCCUCCCGCCACUCUCGCGCAUCGACCUCGCCCAGCCGCUCGCCGCGCAGGUCCCCGACGGCGCGUGCGUCGUGCUGCUCCGGGGCCAGGUGUGGGCGUGA